AUGAUUUGCUCACUGGUAGCGUCAUCAGAGAAAAGUGAUCCAGAGCGGCACUUGUUGUACUGGACAGUGAAGGCGAACUCGAGGUGUCGUCGUCUAACGCAGAAGCAGAAGUUGAGUCACUUUGCACAUCAGAAACAUCAUCUUCCAGCCCCGAUUUCGUCGCGUACUUUGAAAAGUGUCAUUUUCAAUUGGGUCAAUCAGCUUGCUGGCUCAACCUUGUUUUCUUCACUGGAUACUCCCAUGCUUCAGUUGUGCCGAUACAAGCAGCAACUACGUUGA